CCAUCUCAUUCUCUUUGCCCUUUUUGCAGACCAUUAUUUUAUGUGUCAGUGGUGAUUCAAAUUCCAAAUCUCCUAUCAGUUGAUACCCUAUACUCACACUACUGCCUGUGGUUGGCAUUUCUGGAAUGAAUAAUGUUGAUACAUAAUUACAAGUUUUGUGUCUUAUUUAAAAAAUGUAUAAAAGGCAUCAAAGUAGUUCACUCCUGUACACAGUUUUUGAGCAAUGGUACAGUUGAGAUCCAAAAACUGGCAGUAAUUGCUUCAGAACUCAAGCAUCCUCUUCGUCUGACAUUUUUUGGGACAGAUUCUUUCUCUGUGAAAAGCUUACGAUUAUUAGAAAAAGAGGUAAGAAGUAGUAAACUGAUCAGUGAGCUGCAUGUAAUUACCACCAAGCUCAAACAUGGCCCAAGUCCAGUGGAAAGUUUUAGUGUUGCAGCUGGUCUGCCAGUACAUCACUGGCCUGUCUCAUCUCAAAACUUGGUGGCCACAGAUGUUGGUGUUGUCGUCUCUUUUGGGCAUCUUAUCCCUGCCGAAGUGAUCAAUGCCUUCACCCUGGGCAUGUUGAAUGUACAUGGCUCUCUGUUACCAGCAUAUCGAGGUGCAGCUCCCAUCAUUCAUGCUGUGCUCAAUGGAGAAACCUGCACGGGCAUAACAGUAAUGCGGAUACACCCUAAGAGGUUUGACGUGGGCGAAAUACUGCGCACUGCAAGUGUGGAGGUGGGACGGCACACCAAGAGUCGUCAGCUGCACGAGACUCUCUCAGAAUUGGGUGCUGAGCACCUCAUUGAGGUGCUCAGGGACUUACCUUUCCAUUUCACCAAUGCAAGACCCCAGCCCACAGAAGGAGUGUCUUAUGCUCGCAAAAUAAGUGAAAAACAUGCAGUCGUUUCAUGGAAUGAGAAAUCGGCUGACGAAAUUUAUCGCCAAUAUUUGGCCCUUGACGACCACUUUCCUCUAACUGCGCUGUGGCAAGACAACCUCGUGCAGCUGAGGGAGGCAGUGCUACCUGAGGAUGCCACGAUCCGUGUUGAUGAAGAAUCGGUUGCAGCCCCGAGCAAUGAGACAAGGAACAACAGACGGAAGUUGAGUUAUCCCCCCUCCUCGACGCUCACGGAAGGUCAGAUUGCCAGCGGCAAAGGCUCAUCGGUGCUCUGGGUAGGCUGUGCCAAUAAUUCAAUCAUUGGCUUUAAGGCCAUUAAAUUAAAGGGUAAGAAAACAAUGAGCCCACACGAGUUUCAUAACGGAUUUAUGAGCAAAGUGACACGAGAUAAAUGGUAUUUCAAAUAGAUCAGUUAGCGCAGUGUUGUCAUUACACAAUGAUUUUGUAGGGGCUGUUUUAAUAAUAUUCAAAACUAAAUCUUCGAGAGAGCGUGAUGCCUAGCGCCAUCUGAGGUGCAAAGAUCAUCUUUCAACAUAACGUAAUUUCCUGUUUAAGUACGUAAUUCGUCGCUCCUUGAAUCUGCAGUACGAGCCAACAAUGAAGCUCAAACUCAUUGCACCUAAAAAGUUAUUCUCUCUUUGGUGUGGUGAAGGCUUUUCGAAAUGUUCAAGCAGAUAAUGGAAUGAUUUCGCUUACAUUUAUCCAUUAUAUUCUAACAUAUGCAUUUUCAAAUUUUAUUAUCCGUUCUUUUAAACCUAAGUAAACGACUUUGUAAACAUAUUACAGAACAGGUUUUAAUUCCUGGGCGGACAACGCCGAUGAUGCAUUUUAUUAGUACAAUGCUUCCUUCGUUGCAUCCAUGUUGAUCUAUGGAAGAGAAUACCAUAUCCUUUUUCCGAAUUACUUAAGAAGAUUACUAUAUUUAUGCAGCGGAUAGAACGUGAAUCUAAUUUGUUCUGCAACGAAGAAGCCCGUGCAUGUAUACGGACAAGAACACAGAGAAUCAAAUCCCUACAUGGAAAAUAUUAUAAUGUAAAAUAUAUAAUAUAAUAUAAUAUAUAAUGAUUAUGUAAGCAGUCUCACGUUGGUAAAACAAUUGUUUCCGAUCCUCAAAUAAAGUUUAAACAUCUGAAUGAAUAGCUAAAUUUUCACGAUUAUAAUGCGUAACAUAAAAUAUCCGAUAAUGGGAUGUAAACAGACCCUAACUAACAAGAAUAAAACUCAAAUUAGAAAUGAUUGAUCAAAACUGGAAACGAAUCCUGUCAGGCAUGAGUCCGUUACAUUAUUUAAUGCUCUGAAAACACAGAACUGGUCUGUAAAAACUCCCUUCAAAAGUUUAUUUUCCUCUGUGGAGAAAAAGAAACCAAUAUCCAGAUUUUGAAAAUCAAAUCGCGCACUUGCUGAUGAAUUCAUCGCGAAACGUUACGUCCUUAAGACUUCUUAGGCCUGAUGAUUCUGACAGAAGGCAUGUCGGUUAGGUCGUCAGAAGCCGGGAAGACGCAUCGCAGGCCUCCGUCAGCUCCCAGCACCCGCACCUGAGUAAUCGUUUUAUUUGAAAACCGCAAGCUUCUUUAUUGAGCUUCUUUAUUACAAUGUUAUUAUUAUUAUUAUUAUUCCACGAAGAGAUUGUCGUGGCGUCUCGUUCAGAUCGAACUUCGGGGGCACGUUACAAGUGGCUAUUAUAGCCAAAUAAUAUAGCCAAAUAAAUAAUA